AUGGCUAGUGGUUGGCGCGCCGCUGCCGUGCUGCCGUACUUGAUACCGCUUGCCCUAUGUCAAUAUACGCCACUACCCAGAUGGGCACAGGCUGCAGCUCUAUUAGAAAACCUUCUAUACAUUCACGGAGGUCUGACAGACCAAUACGAUCAAUACUCGUACACAUCCGCACCGCCCACAUCAGAACUAUUGUUACUCGACCUUUCUAUAUCCUUCAGCGCCACUUCCCCGCCGUGGCAGCUGCUUUCAAAUAUAACAACCACGAGCUCUUCUCCCAGUUUGGGAUGGCACACCCUUUCUGCAUUCAACACUACUUCAUUCAUACUUUUCGGAGGUCAGCCAGGACCGAAUUCACAAACGGUCCUUACUACCCUCAAUGAUUCUGCCACGCUUGUUUCCGCUUACGAUCGAUUCGUCAUUCAGGCAUCGUCGACUGGUGGCAAGGUCUGGAUUGUUGGUGGUGAGAAGGCUGAUGGGUCAGGAAAUGCGUUCUUUGAUCAUUACCUCUUCAACCCUGUGUUACAAGAGUUCGUGGGGCUUCCGUCUGGUGGUAAUGCACCGCCUGACAUUUAUGGGCAUGCAUCGCUCAUUCUCCCUGACGGACGACUCAUUGUCUUGGGUGGAUAUUGCGUAUCAUUUGGGAAGCUUAUACCCCUAAAUACCAUCUGGUCUCUUGACACAACACAGGCAACUCUCACAUGGGAUACGAUAACACUCUCGAAUUCCACCAUACCAAAUCCACGUCGCGACUUCGCAGCUGUUGUUCUCGCCACUGGAGAAAUCUUAAUUCAUGGGGGCGGCGAUGGCGAACUACAAACAACCUAUGGCGAUGGAUGGAUACUAAAUACCACCCAAAAUCCCAUGGUCUGGCAAGAAGUACAAUCUCUUCAGCAACUUGGCGCUCGUAAGAACCAUCUAGCAGUACAGUGCAACGGUCAAGUGCUCUUCGCCUUUGGCUACGGAUCCUCCUCACCUGCGUCUGCUACUGUGGAAAUAUACAACCCUUCUAGCUCGUCCAUGGUCUCCUAUUAUAGCUCGCCACCUGCAGGUUCGACUCCGGCCAUCGUUUCUCUCCCUGCACCCUCUCAAACUGGCCCCUCUGGGUCAAGUGGGGGUAGUUCAGUUGCAUCCUCAACGUCGGUGGGGUAUCCCACCAGUGCUGCCAGUGCUGGUUCCAGCUCUAGUAAAAAUGACAUAACCUCUAUUGCUCUAGGCACCACCUUCGGCAUCAUUGGGCUCCUUGCAGGUGGACUGGCAACUAUUUGGUGUAUUCAACGUUCGCGGGGACGCGGGAGGUUCCUCAUUCUUGGAGGUGACCAUGAGGAUGACAGUCCCGAUGGUGGUCCCGCUGAUUUCUUGUCCAUGAGUUCUGAACGAAGGAGUUACGUAUUUCUAGGUCCACGCGCCAUCCCGCUGGCUGCAGCUCUCGGUCGUUUUGGGUUAAGCAGACAUUGUUCCCCCCUGACACAACGCCCGCGCCGUGACAUGUUCGCCGACGAAGACACGCGACAAUUUGGAUGGGGCAGUCCUGCAGAUAGGUUAUACAGGGAAGGCAGUGGUGGAACUAGUGCGUGGUCGAUGCGCUCGGUGGGCGCAAUGGUGCGCGGGAUGAUUUCCAGGGAGCCUAGUGCAGGAAAUAGCGGCCGAGGUUGGGAUGAUUGGGAGAAAAUUGAGGGUGAUCACGAGGGCCUGAUGAAUGCAGGAAACAACUCAUACAACGUGAUGCCCAACAGCGGACGCCCCCAUGAACAGGAUGGCAGCUCGGGGUCAUACAUAGAUCCAUUCUCAGAUUCUGUGCCACAUGAUGAAGAGUACGACUCGUAUCGGCUAGACCAUAGGGCACUCGCACCUGAUGGUGAACAUGACAACGUCGACGUCAAUGCUAAGAGCCGAGACUCGCCACCCCUUCGCCCACUGAGGACCCAACUGCCUUUCUCCGCACCCAUUUCCACCCUCAGUCCUUUGAAUGAGGUCGCGUCCGACUCAACUAACACCAUAACUUCAUACCCCGGCUCGUCACGAGAUAAUUCGUCUUUCAACGGCAAUUCUUCGAGCAACACUUAUGCUUCCCCACCGAGUAUUUCCCCGCAGCUGCCUCAUAGUCCUAUGACGCCCUCCACGAUGCACUCGUCUGCUGCAACCAUCACACCGUCGGGACGCCACUCAUCUAUCCUCGACUCGUAUCCACUUCCUUCGAACCCCAUUCGCCGAUCAGAUAGCUGGUGGGGGCGAUUUAUGAAGACGUCUUUACUUGAUCGACGGAAUUCUAGCGGUCAGAAGCCGUUAGAUUUACGGGACCCUAACCCAGCUCCGCGACUCAUGUCGAUCGACGAAUCAAAUGGUUCACGGGACUCUCAUGAGACCCAAUAUAAGCAAAGGAACAGAGAUAUUCGGCUGUCUGUUCAUAGUGGCCGGACAGCGAACACUGAGGAGGCAGAGCGGCUAGGUGGAAGCUAUGAUGUCGUACAGCGAAAUGCUUCGGACGGAUCUACAUCAAAUCGAACAGCUUCGACUAGUUCCAUUAGUGCAAAUGAGCACGGACGAUUGGCUGGCUUAUCAUCCGAUCAAAGCAGGUUUACCUCUUCCCGACCGGCAUCAUGUCCCUCUUUAUCAUCUUCGAGGACUGGACCCAUUGGACAUGAUUCUGGGUUCGCCAGGGCCGCAGGUGGUAUUGUGACAUGCAGGGUUCAGGAAAUGGAAUGGCAGAUGACGAAGGAACUUGUGGCGGAGCGUUCUCCACCUCCGCGGGAUACUGGCAAGCGAGAAGAAGCGGGUUUCCGUACGCGACCCAGGAUUCAGUAUGGUCUAGCUCCGCGAGGAUCGUUGUAUGUUGCGAACCCUGACAAGCAGUGUGCCUAACUUCUACCCCUUUGUAUCGUUGUCUGAAUGUAACUCUAUGUACUUUUCUCACGAUCAUCGACCAUGAGCACAACUAUCGACGUUGUUCUUGGCAGAUGAUUCGGGCGUCCCAGAUGGUUACAGUGUUCGUAAUUUGUGAUCGG